AUGGAUGAGUGGCUCAUCCUGCAAAGCUUCUACAACGGGCUCACAACAACAUCUCGAGCCAAUGUUGAUCCUGCUGCUGGAGGAGCCUUCCUCGACCUGACUAUCGCCAAAGUAAAAGAAUUGGUCGAGAAGAUGAAGACAGUGAAUGAGAUGGGUAAAGGAUGGAAGAAUAUGCUGCCUGAUGCACUCUGGGCGUACAGAAUAGCAUAUAAGACCCCCAUCGGCAUGUCACCAUAUCAACUAGUCUACGGGAAGACGUGUCAUCUCCCAAUUGAGCUUGAGCAUAGGGCCCACUGGGCCAUUAAGAAAUGGAACAUGGACUACAAGCUCGCUGGGAGGAAUAGACAAAUGCAACUGGCAGAGUUUGAGGAAUGGAGAGAAAAGGUGUACCAUAGUGCCAAGAUAUACAAGGAUCGUACCAAAAAAUGGCACGACGAGAGGAUCAAGCCCAAGGAGUUCAAGCCAGGGUGA